AUGGCUAACACUCAAUCAAAAGCCCGCGUCCUUGUCGUUGGCACGGGUGGCAUCGGAUGCAUGUGCUCCUACGCCCUCGAGCAAGGCGGCAAGGCAGAUGUCACAGCCGUCCUGCGCUCCAACUACGACGCGGUCGAGAAAGGCGGAUUCGAGAUCGACUCGGUGCAAUACGGGAAGAUCUCGGGGUGGAGGCCGGCAAACAUCCGCAGAACCAUCCCCAACAUCGCAGAAGAAAACAUCCAACCAUUCGACUUCAUCCUCGUCACCACAAAGAACACCCCAGACGUCCGCCCAACAGUCGAAGAGAUCAUCGCGCCAGCAGUCACACCAUCCCACACAACCAUCAUCCUCGCCCAGAACGGCCUGAACCUCGAGGGCCCGCUAAUCGCACGCUUCCCCUCAACCCCGAUCCUCAGCAGCGUCGUCUACCUCGGCGCAACCCAGCAAGCGCCGGGUAAAAUCCUCCACGACGACCCAGAUAUCCAGCGGAUCGGGGCAUUCCCGAACGCAACCUUAGACCCUGGCGUCGGCGAAGACGCCGCGAAACGGUGGAUCGCCGUCUACAACCCCACCAACAAGCUGGAGACAAUCUACGACGCAGACGUGAAGCGCGCGCGGUGGCGCAAACUCGUCUACAACGCCUCGUACAACCCCGUCGCUGCAAUCCUGGGCCUGGACACGCCGCGCAUGCGCGCAAGCAGGCAUAUCAUCGACGACUUGGUCCGCCCGAUCAUGCGCGAGAUCAUGGCGGCCGCCGAGGCGUGCGGUGUCUCUGGCUUCCCCGAGGAUCUGCCGGAGAUUGUGAUCCGUGGGGAUCCGAUUGAUACGGCGUUCAAGCCGAGUAUGGCGCAGGAUGCGGAGAAGGGCGGGUUCAUGGAGAUUGAGAAUAUUGUUGGCGAGCCGUUGAGGGAGGGGGAGGGGCGGGGCGUGGCGAUGCCCACGCUUCGGACGGUUUACGGGUUGCUGAAGGGGUUGCAGCUGAAGGUUAAGGAGAGUAGGGGGUUGUGGGUUCCGGAGUUUGAGGAGGGGCAUCCAUAUAGAUAA